AUGGGGCAGCUGGCGGCGCAGGACGGUACCUUCUGGCCAGGGAUCGAUCACAUCACAUUCGCAGCGGAGAUUGCGAACUCUGCUGAGAAUCUAGAGUACAUGACGCUUGCGGACCAUAAAUUCAAAUCCGGCUUUUUCCGCGCUGGAUCCAAUCCAAACGAUCCGAUAUACGAGCUGCAAAAAGCACUACUAAAGACAUACCUCCAAACCCACGCACAAAGUCUCUUUGAAAGGACAAACAAGUACAUUGUUGCAGUCGUCAAUGACCCCACUGACCCGCACCGCGAGUUCAAGCUGGCGCUUCUGCAGAACAUUCUUCUGACGCCGUGGUGCACAGGCGCGUGGGAUCCUUUUUUUGUGAAGGAGAAGACGAGUCCGUUUUCGGUUAAUCUUACGCUGGAUCAUUAUGUACCGAAUGCGUGGGUUGAUGAUAACUUGUUUUUCCGCGCUGGGAGGUUGAAUGGGAAGAAGGACCCGGAGGAUUGA